GGCUGGAGAGAGGCGGGAGGCGCACGGGGCCAUGGAGGUGGUGGCGCAGCUGGAGAUGCUGACGUUUGAGCGGGACCUUGGGCCCGGCCCGCAGGCCGCGGCUGCCCCGAGCCCCGGCGGGGACCAGGGGGAAGGCGGAGACCCGCCGCCCCCAGCCGAGGAAGCGCGCUGCUCCCCGCCGCGGGAAGGCACGCCGCCGCCGCGGGGAGAGGCACCGGCACUGCUGCCAUGGGAAGGCACGCCGCCGCGGGAAGGGGCAGCGGCACUGCCGCCGCGGGAAGGCACGGCGCCGCCACCGCGGGAGGAGGCACCGGCACCGCUGCCAUGGGAAGGCUCGCCCCCGCCGCGGGAAGGGGCAGCGGCACUGCCGCCGCGGGAAGGCACGGCGCCGCCACCGCGGGAGGAGGCACCGGCACCGCUGCCAUGGGAAGGUUCGCCCCCGCCGCGGGAAGGGGCACCGAUGCCGCCGCGGGAAGGCACGGCGCCACCACCGCGGGAGGGGGCACCGGCACCGCUGCUAUGGGAAGGCACACCGCCGCGGGAGGAGGCACCGGCACUGCUGCCAUUGGAAGGCUCGCCCCCGCCGCGGGAGGGGGCACCGACGCCGCCGCGGGAAGUUACGCCGCCGCCGCCGCCGCCGCCGCGGGAGGGGGCACCGGCGCUGCUGCCAUGGGAAGGUUCGGCCCCGCCGCGGGAAGCGGCACCGACGCCGCCGCGGGAAGGCACGCCGCCGCCACCGCGGGAGGGGGUACCGGCACCGCUGCUAUGGGAAGGCACGCCGCCGCCGCCGCGGGAAGGGGCAGCGGCGCCGCCGCCGCGGGAGGAGGCACCGGCACUGCUGCCAUGGGAAGGCUCGCCCCCGCCGCGGGAGGGGGCACCGACGCCGCCGCGGGAAGGCACGCCGCCGCCACCGCGGGAGGAGGCACCGGCGCUGCUGCCAUGGGAAGGCACGCCGCCCCCGCCGCGGGAAGCGGCACCGAUGCCGCCGCCGUCGCGGGAAGGCUCGCCCCCGCCGCCGCUGCUACCGCUGGCUGAAGAGGCGCCGUCGCCGCAGGAAGGGACCGUGUCGCCCCAAGGGGCGCCGCCGCAUGAAGGGACUCCGCUGCCGCCUCAAGGGGCGCCUCCGCGGGAAGGGGAGCCGUCGGCGGCCGGCUCCGGUGGGCCUCCUGCCGCCGCCCCCGCGUCGAGCUCGGAGAGUGAUACAGAUUCAGAUAGUUCAUCAACUACGUCUUCCUCCUCUUCGCAUUCUCCUUCAGUGGUAUCUGAUGAUGAUGAUCAUCCAAAUGAAAAGGAUAAGAGAUCUUACAGGGUUAAAACAAAAGACGAGUUGCCUCUUGAUGAACUGCCUCCUGUUGAAGACUUACAAAUAAUUCUGCCUGAUGAGGUUGAACUGAAGCUCUUUGGGACAGUUUCAAGCAUUAUUGGACAGCUGGUAAUAAUUGAAUCUCUGAGAGGUCUACCUCCAGUAAAUGAAGAAAGCAUAAUUUUUAAAGAAGAUCGGCAAGCAGCAGGAAAGAUAUUUGAGAUAUUUGGACCUGUUUUACAUCCCUUUUACGUACUGAGGUUUAACAACUCUGAGCAUAUCAAAGCAAAAGGUAUUAAUGUGCAAGAUAGCAUGUAUUUUGCUCCAUCAGUGGAGGAUUUCACCCAGUACAUAUUUGCUGAGAAACUAACACAGGAAAAAGGGUCAGAUGCAUCGUGGAAGAAUGACCAAGAACCACCACCUGAGGCAUUGGAUUUUAGUGAUGAUGAAAAAGAAAGAGAAGCAAAACAAAAGAAAAAGAAGCCUCCAAAUCAAGUAUGGAAGAAACUGAAAUCAGAAACAAGUGAAUCAGAUGAGAAUAAUGGACUUCAUCAGUCAAUGCCACAACCUUCUUCAAGUUACUCAAGGGGAUACCAUGGCAGAUCAAAGGAUCCAUUUCCUCCUCGAUCUGCCCCUCCGGGCUUUUUGAGACCACAAGCAAGACCUCCACAGCUGUAUGCUUCAGACAACAGAAUGCCUCAGGAGUCUUCCAUGUUUGCACAACCUCAUAGAAAAGAAAGUCCAAUAAUGCAACAGUAUGCAUAUCCUCCCUUUCCUCCUCCUCCUCCUCCUCCAGUUUUUGGCUCUGUUAAUGAAAUGCAUCACCUUCCACCUUCAAAUCUGAAUAUGAUUUGGACAGGUCCAAAUAUGUACAACCCAUCGUACCCAUUUUUGCCACCUCCACCUCCGCCGCCUCCUCCACCACCUCCAGAUAGCAGUCCUUCUCAAUUCAGACCUUACUAAAUUUUCAUAAAGUCCAUACAGAGAGUUGCAAUUUGUGAGGAGGAAGAAAAGGCUGUCAAGACCUCACUCCAGGUUUUGGAGAUGCUUCAGUUUUCAGCAAGAACAGAACAAAUCUAGAGUUGUGAUGCCUUAUGGAACAUUCAUAGAAAAUUAUUUUUUUGAAUAUCUGUUUUUUUGCUUUUUUAAAAGUUAUGUGAUUAAAAAUAACCAAGUAUUAAGUAAUGGUUUAUUUUUAUAGUGUCUACCAGGCUGGGAUGAUAACAAAUAAAGACCUUCUGGAAAGUGA